ACCCCAGUUCAUCCGUCACACUGCCAGCGAGGCCAUCAUUAGAUGUGUGUGACACUAUUAAAGUCCCUGAUUAAUUUCAGUCUCAUUAGCCUUAAGCAGUGAAGAUGAAGUCGUGUCACUCUCUGCGUCCGUCAGGUGAGUAUAUAAACCUCAGACGAUUUGCUCUCCUGAUCCACUGGUCGACGCCACACCUCACACAAUGUCUGGAAGCAGUGUGUGUGUUCUUCUGCUCUGUCUGCUGUACGUCUGCUCCGCCUGCUACAUCUCCAACUGCCCUGUAGGGGGCAAACGAUCCCUCUCAGACGCUCCGUCCCGCAAGUGUAUGGCGUGUGGUCCGGGGAAUAUGGGCCGUUGUUUCGGCCCCAGUAUCUGCUGCGGAGCCGGUCUGGGUUGUCUGGUUGGAUCUCCAGAGACGCUGACCUGCAUGGAGGAGAAUCUCCUGCCCGGCCCCUGUGAGACGGGCGGGACGUCCUGCGGAGCCGAAGGGGGCGUCUGCGCCGCUCCGGGCGUCUGCUGCGACUCGGAGAGCUGCAGCGUUGACCCGUCCUGUUCGGCUGAAGAAGGGAACAGUGACGGAAACAUCCUAAUGAGGAUCCUGCAGCUGCACGGCCACAGCACAACCCACCAAUGAGAGGAGCAGGAACACAGAGCUCCGCCUCUAUGCAAAUCAUCUUCUGUUUUCUGUAGAGUCUGUGUUCACGAAUAAAUCUAGAGAGAAUCA